AUUCAGAACAAUGGGCGUUGAUUUAGAAACAUACCGUGGCAGAAUAGGUACAUACAGGCAUUCGUGCGGUCAGGAUGUUAUAACAGUGACGUGCGUCAUCAACUUCAGCAAUGGUUUGAAAACAAUCGGUGCAGUCUUGUUUAUUGGUGUUUUACUUCUGAUUGCUGGAAUUGAGUCAAAUCCAGGACCGGGAGGAAUUCUCUCGUCCUAUUUUUUUAUUGCGAUUGUUUGUGUGAUCAUUGGGUUGUUGUUGCAGAUCAUAGAGUGGAAAAUAAACGCACUUUACUUGGUGUGUCUGCUCUUUGUCGGUGGCUCAUUUUGUUAUUGGACAGAACAAACUACUCACAAAGAGAAAAAGGACAUAGCUUCAAACAACUCAGACAAUGAGUGUAUCACACAAGUACAAUCUUCCGCAGAUUCAGGAUUGAAUCAGUCUACGCCUAGCGUUGUGAAACAUUCAACUGAACAACAUGAAGGUAUGACUUUUCAACUUAGUUUUCUAGUAGAGGAGCCAUAG